CUUGGAGAUAAGCUGUAUAACUAUCUUGGGCUUGUGCGGAUGGAGAUGACAUGAGUGUAUAUGGCACGUAGACUUGCUCAAUACUGCUGUUAAGAGAAAAGUACCAUUCUCAAGGUUAUAAAAUCAGCAAGUAUUUCAGUUAUAUUGCAGAAUAUGAGGGAAAAAACAACCCAGCGUUGCUCAGCAUUAUCAUAUUGAUGCUGACACGGCAUGAUUUCAUCCCCAACAUGACCAUCAAGUUCCACCCAAAUGAGUUGACUAAUCUUGAUCUAGAAGGACAUUGAUUUGUACAACUGGAGUUAGAAAAAGAGAUGCUCGACCAGUAAGACUCUUAAUGUCAAAAUGCUUUGUAAUGCCGUUUUUUGUUGUUUUUUUUUUCUUCAGCUACUGGGAAUGAAAGUCUUAUCAUUCCACAUCUCAGAUUCCAUUCUGUGACAUGUCACACCCACUUCCAUUACAUUACUCCUUCAGAAAACAGUGUAUGAAUAACUGCCCGAAAAUGCCCUUUCACUCUCCAGGAGCUGUGACUAGCAAAAGUGAGCUUAAAAAAAUGGAAACUUCUUUGUUUCUUUGCAGCUGAAAAGAUGUCUGACAGAAACCACACAGCUGCCAGCGCUUCCCUUAUUGAGCAGCUGAUGUCUACAAGGAAUUUUAAGGACCUUGGCAACCAUCUUACUGAGCUAGAAAUGAUUUAUGUGACUAAGGAGCAUCUGCAGGAGACCGAUGUGGUCAGAGCUGUGUACAGAGUCCUGAAGAACUGUCCCUCGGUGGCUUUGAAAAAGAAAGCCAAGUGUUUGCUGUCAAGGUGGAAAGCUCUUUAUAAGGAUACUCACUUCAAAACAAGGGACCUCUCUAAAUUAUCCUCUCCAGGUGGUAGUAAGGAAGACGCAGGAGUUUCUCAUGACCAAAGUCAAGAUGAGAUCGUGGGCACCUGCAGCUCUAAUUCCCUGCCAACAUACUCACCCCAGGAUAUUGCAACCCGCACCGAAAUGAUCAUGCCUGAAAAUGGCACUGUUCAAAUGGACCUUAAGGAAGAGCAUUUUGGGGCUGGUGACCCUAAAUCCUCCAGCAGUGGAUCAAGUGAGUUGCAGGAUCCCACAGUGCCCAUGAGAACCAAAUGCAUCGAGCUUCUUUAUUCUGCUUUAACUAGUUAUUCCACAGAUCAGGCAAAUGCUGAUUUGUGGCAGAACUUUGCAAGAGAAAUCGAAGAGCACAUUUUUACCCUUUACUCAAAGAACAUCAAAAAGUACAAAACUUGUAUCAGAAGCAAAGUUGCCAAUUUGAAGAACCCUAGAAAUUGUCACUUGCAACAAAACUUGCUCUCCAGGACCAUGUCUCCAAAAGAAUUUGCCGAAAUGACCACCAUGGAGAUGGCAAACAAGGAACUGAAGCAGCUGAGAGCUGCCUACACGCAAUCCUGUAUCCAGGACCAUUACCUUCCCCAAGUGACUGAUGGCACACAGACAAAUAAAAUCAAAUGCAGACGCUGUGAGAAGUACAAUUGCAAAGUCACUGCGAUUGCCAGAGGGACACUUUUCCUUCCAAGCUGGGUGCGGAAUUCAAACCCAGAUGAACAAAUGAUGACCUAUGUGAUUUGUAAUGAAUGCGGGGAGCAGUGGUACCAUAGCAAGUGGGUGUGCUUAUAAUUGUAAAUGGAUGUUCCCCUAGCAAUAUGUACCGCAAAGGAUAACUUGCAUUUGUACAACCUUUUGUGCUUGUUAAAAAAAAACUCAGAUAUGCCAUUCUUUGUUUUUUUAACUUGAAAAAGCAUACUUUAUUUUAGUGGCAGGUAUUUUAAUGACGAUUAGGAGGCAUGGUUGGGCUCAUAAGCAGAAGUUUUUCAUACAACCUGGAUAUAUUUCAUAUCAUAUAUAUGUAUGUAUGUAAAUUUUCUUCAAGUUUCCUCAAAGUCUCUUACACUAUUUUAGUUUCAUAUGAAGCAGUA